AAGGGAAAUUUUGAUGUUCCUCCCCCAAGCGCCCCAGAGGCAACAUUAGAUUUAAUGGGGUCGCUGCCCUAUAACCUUUGCGUAAGCUACCGAGGGGCAUGUCUUUUAAAAAUCCUAAGCCCUUUUAUAGUUCUCGUUGGUUGGAUGAGCACUUUUAGGAACCUUUCAUUUCAUUCCCUCUCCCUCUUAAGUGUUUUUAAUUGAUUAUCAAGUGGGUUUCGGAGACCUUUCCUUGUGCAAAGCAGUGAAGAAAUGGAAUAGAUGAGCGUUACCUCUCUCCUGAAGGUCUUGGAAGGAUGGCCCAUCCGUGGACUUCACUGCUGUGGCUCCCACUCCUCCGUGGCCAAGGCUGACCAGACCCUGGCCUUUGUUCCCACCAGUCCUCCCCUGGACCCGGCGGAAGUCCAGAAGCUGCAAGAGUUUGUGAGCAGGGCCCGGAGGCUGUUCGUGUUGACCGGAGCAGGAAUCUCCACCGAAUCUGGAAUCCCGGACUAUCGCUCUGAAGGCGUGGGCCUCUACUCCCAGACGGAUCGGCGUCCCGUCCAGCACGCUGAAUUUCUGCGGAGUGCCCGGGCCCGCCAGAAGUACUGGGCCAGGAGCUUUGUCGGCUGGCCCCAGUUUUCAGCCCACCAGCCCAACAUCGCCCACUUGGCCCUGAGGAACUGGGAGGCACUGGGGAAACUGCACUGGCUGGUGACCCAGAACGUAGACGCCCUGCAUGCCAAGGCCGGAAGCCAGCGUUUGACAGAGCUUCACGGCUGCAUCCACAGGGUCUUGUGCCUCAGUUGCGGAGACCGGACGCCCCGCACUGACCUCCAGGAGCGCUUUGAGGCCUUGAACCCCACCUGGAGAGCCGAGGCGCAUGGGGUGGCCCCGGACGGCGACGUCUUCCUGUCUGAAGAAGAGGUGCGCACUUUCCUCGUCCCCCCAUGUGGCAAGUGCGGCGGGAACCUCAAACCAGACGUGACGUUCUUCGGAGAUUCCGUGAGCAAGGAGAAAGUGGACUUUGUGUACCAGCGCCUGGGCGAGGCCGAUUCGGUCCUGGUGGCGGGGUCCUCUUUGCAGGUAUACUCAGCGUACAAGUUUGCACUCGCAGCCCGCGACGGGAAGCUACCGAUGGCCGUUGUCAACAUUGGCCCGACCAGGGCAGAUUCCUUUGUGACUCUGAAACUGAAUUCUCGUUGCGGGGAGCUGCUGCCUCUGAUUGUCCUAAAGUGACCCAAAUCGACACCCCGGGGGAGCAACCCCUCUCUGGGGUAGGGCCGCUGCCAGCAACACUGCCACAUCUUCCCAGAGCUCACCCAGCCCCACGUCCGCUCUCAACACGCCUGUGCUGGCCAAGUUCAGAGGCAGCAAAGAUGAGGAGAAGGAGGACAGUGAAAACCCGGGUCCUGAUUCUCAAUCGACGGGGGCCUAAACAACUUUUGUGUACGGGGAGAUGCUGUGUGAAUUAAAAAGAAACCUCCGGUGCACACUGCUUCCCGGGGUGUGGCCUCUGCUGCGGAUCUGGCAGAGAGGAAAUGGCUACCGGUGGCCGGGAGAGGGGAGAAAUCUUUCUGCCUUAGCGGGAGGGGAUGCCUCCAAAUGCUCUUUUUCAAAAGGAUAUGGCGGUACUACAAUUCCCAUCAUCCCUAGCUAGCAGGAUCAGCGGUUGGGGGUGAUGGGGUUUGUAGUCUGAAAAAACAGCUGGAGACCUCUGUUUGGGAAACACUAGGAUAGGGGAAGGGCUGCAGCUCAGCAUAAGGCCGGUGCCUUUUGAAAUCCGCUCUAAAUGAGAGCCAUGAGGACUAGAAACUUACUUCGUUUUCAGGGGAAGGGUGCAGCUCAGUGGCAGACCAUCUCCUCUGCAUGCAGGAGCUCUUGGGGCUGAAUUUCCAGAUCGGGCUGAUGGACCUGACUUGGUGUAAGGCAGAUUCCUAUUUAAAUCUGCUAUUUGUUUAGAACAAUGAGGACUAGGAUCUUACUUCAUUUUUAGGGGAGGGGCACAGCUGAGGGGUAGAGCUUUGCGUGCCGAAGUUACCAUAAGUUCAGUCCCUGGCAUCUCCAGGUAAGCUUGGGAAGGUCCCUUCCCUGAAACCAUAUGUUGUUUGGUUAUGCAAAAAAUAAGAACACCAUAAAAAUUGAUGCAUAUAUUCAGGGAAAUGUGUAUGUGAGUUAGAA